ACAAGCAGAGAUCAGUACCAGAUAAACAAUCAGGCAAAAAACAAUAAUCUAAUCAAGGAAUAUGAAAAUGUUGAAAAAAAAUUGUCACAUCACUCAUAUUUAUUUAUUCAAAUUUAUUAUAGACUCUUGGCAGUGUACAAAAUUGAAAAAUCCAUAAAAACAGAUAAAAUGUAAAACCAUACAGACAGCCCAUAUUUAUAAAGAGUGAAGAACAAAGACAUAUUUGUUGAUAGGCUUUCUCGGAAUGAGGGCCAUGUAUUACAUACUUUAAGAAAUGAGUACUAAUUUUAUUAAAAGAAAGGCUUCCUUGAUGAAGCAUGCUCUUCAGAGUCCAAUUUGUCAUUUUUUCUUGUUUUGCAAAUAAAGAAUAAUGUUUAAGACCCACAAUUACCUAAUUAUAGCUGUACUUAAUUAUAGCUGUAAAAGAUGUAUAAAUUCCUCACAGAAUAGAAUCUACAUUGAGUUUAAGACCCAGUUACAUGUGAAGAUCAUAAUUAGCAAAGUUGCACCUGGUACAGAUAUACCCAUUUUUGUAGUAAUCAAACUAAUAUACAACCACUCUGAAAAGUGUCUGUAAAUAUUCCAUGGAGGUAUAUGAACUGGGCAAUAUAUCAUAAAUCAUCUAGAUUAAGCAACUGCACCCUAGGGAUUCCACAAAGAACAAGGCAGAAAAGUCUGGCUAAUGUAUCCAAAGAUUGAUAGCACUUCACAGGCAAGUGAACAUACAUAUUCUCUAGCAGAUCCUCUUUCUUCAGCAAGGGAGUGAGACCUUGGCUGUUUUAACCUAUCUAUGCAGCUCUUUUUCGAGGAAAAAGGCCAUUCCUCUUUUUCCUGAUCAAACCUAUGACUGAACAAUCUUCUCAUCUUGGCAGUCCAAAUACAGACAGAAAUCACAAGAACAGUGGAGCUGCCACUUAUCAUCCCUGGAUAGGAGCAAUCAUUCUGGAUGCUUCAGGAGAACUGUACGGCAAUGCUGGAUUUUAUGUUUUUGGCUUUUCCCACUCAACCACAGUAUCAGUCUUUGCUUUUCUUGGGCAUUAGCACAGUUUAUGCACUCAUAAUCACAGGUAACACACUGAUUAUAUUAGCUAUCUGGAAGAACCCUCACCUGCAUACCCCUAUGUAUUUCUUUUUGGGCGCUCUCUCUGUGAUUGAACUUUGCUAUACAGCGACUGUGGUCCCACAGAUCUUGGUGACCAGCUUGCAGAAGAAGAAGUUCAUCAGUUUUAGGAGCUGCAGUGCUCAGAUGUUUCUUUUCAUUGGACUAGGUAGUGCUGAUUGCUUCUUGCUGGCUAUUAUGGCCUUUGACCGUUAUGUGGCUAUUUGCAAGCCUUUGACAUACAUCUUCAUCAUGAGUCAGCAGCUAUGCAUUCAGCUAGUAGUUAUGUCAUUGAUUGUUGCUUUCCUGAUUUCCCUGAUGCUGGUGUGGCUGGUCUUUCACCUUUCCUUCUGUGCUGAGCUUGGAAUUGAACACUUUUUCUGUGAUGUGCCCCCUAUGUACCAGCUCAUAAGUAACAAGACUGAACUCAGUGAAGUUGGGAUUCUGUUUUCAGGGGUAAUGGCCAUUGCAGUGCCUUUCAUAUUGAUCUGUAUCUCUUAUCUUUUCAUCACUGUGGAAGUGCUGCGGAUCCACUCAGCCGAUGCACGUCGAAAGACUAUAUCUACUUGCUCUUCUCAUCUAGCUGUGGUGGCCCUCCAGUAUGGUUGCUGCAGCUUUAUGUACUUGCGUCCAAACACCAGCUUCUCUCCAAAGCAAGACCAGCUACUUUCCAUGGUCUAUACUCUGGGCACACCGUUACUCAACCCCAUAAUCUACAGUCUAAGGAACAAAGAGAUGAAGGUAGCCCUGAAGAAAGUCCUCAGCCACGGAAUUCUUUAGGAGGAUUAAUUAUCCCACUAACUGCCUAAUGUCUUUUAGAAUGGACAUCCUUAAAGACUCCUAAAAUCCUGCAUCGGAGCCAACUUGCCAUGGCCAAUUCACUCUGGUCAACUCACCAUGGCCAACUCGCUGCGGGUCACUAAUAUCAAAGAAAUGGUGGAAUAGAAUCAUUAAAGAAAGAAUGCCAAAGGAGGGAGAGAAUGAAAUGUGAAUGAUAAAAAGUAAAAUAUUUUUUAAUUUAUUUUAAAUAAUUAAAUUGAAUUGUUAAAUUGUUCUGUGGCGAGUUGGCCAUGAUGAGUUGGCCAUAGCGAGUUGGCUGUGGCGAGUUGUCCCAUUCCACAAGAGUAAUGCAGCUCCUUCCUUGCCCUUUGAUUUUCUGUUAUAACCACUAUUCCCAACGGCUCUUUAAUUAUUUUCUCAGCUGAGUCAAAACCAAACUGGUUGGAGGAUUUUGCAAAGGAGAAUAAGGAAGCAUUAAAAAAAACCCAAUGAAACUGGCCCGCCCCACCCAUGCCAGCAGAAAGGGCAUGCUGUGGGCCCAUCAGUCAAGGAGUUCCUUUUCUGCCAUGGCUCCUGCCCUUUGGAACAUCUUACACUCCCACCCAUCCCCAAGGUGAGAUCCAUACUGACCCUCCAGGCCUUCUGUAAGGUCCUAAAGACCUGGCUCUGCCAGUUGGCCUGGAGCCCCAAUGAGGGGGUGAUAUCACUCUGAAGGUGGCUAUUAGAAUAGAACACCCCCCCACCUCUCCCUGUGCUCCCCUCUCCCCCCAUCUUUUAAUGUGACAUUAUUACUGUGUCAUUUAUUCUUUAUUUCUUUUAAUGUUUACUACUUUUAAUAUUUUAAGCUGCCCAAAGUUGCCUCUAAAUGAGAUUGACAGCAUAUAAAUUUACUAAAUCACAACAUAACACAUAACACAUAACACAGCACAACACAACAAACAUAAAACAACAUAAAACAUAACAUAAAACAUAACAUAAAACAUAACAUAAAACAUAACUGUAACAUAGCAUAGCAUAACAUUAAAAUAUAACAUACUGUAAAAUAACAUAGCAUAGCAUAACAUAACAUAAAACAACAUAGUAUAGCAUAGCAUAGCAUAGCAUAACAUGCACCUGCCUCACCUGUAUUGUGAGCCGCCCUGAAUCUUCGC